AUGUUCGGAGCCGUGUGUUCAGGAAGACCCAUUCAAUUGGCAAACCAGGUCGAAGCCAACAAAUACGUAAUUAGCAUCCCACAGGCCUCAGGGCUCUCGUUUAUAGCCAUCUUUCUAUUGCCCAACUCAGCAUUCACAGAUGUAAACUACACGGCAUUGGUUUAUUUUCAGUUGCCCGACUCACAGGAGUAUAAACUACUCGGAGGAUUAAACCCAGCAAAGCCACUGGCUAUAUAUAGACUUAAUAAUACAAAUGCAAAAGCUCAGAAACUGAUCCAAAAUGAUGAUAUGGAUAUGAAUAUCGAAGAUUCUACUGCUGAUGUGAAUGACACUACUACUAUUAAUAUUGGAAUCUCAAUCGAAACAACUGCUCAAGCAGAACAGCUUAUAGCUCAGGAAAAAAUGAAGACUUCAUCAGCUUUGGUGCCACAUCUUCCUGAGAGUCUGCAGCAACCAGAAUCAACAGCUGCUUUGGCAAAUAAAAUCGUAGGACACGCAUAUAACUACUUGGGUAGUUUCAUUGACAAUGCGGGAAAGGUUCCAAUGAAAGCAUUUGACUCAUGGUGGGAUAAAUUUAAACAGAAACUAGCAACCAAUCCCAACUUCUUGGAUACACUUCAGAAUUAG